CUUUCUUUCUUUUUUUCUUUCUUUCUUUGAAGGGGUCUGCUGAUCAGCGGUUGACCCUCACUCAUGUCCCCUCCACAGGAAGUCACAGCGGUGGACUCCAGCUGGGCUGAACCUUCAGGAUCACCAUGACACCUCGCCCCCUCUCUUCCUCCACCUCCCUCCUGUGUCUCCUCCUCCUCCUCUUCCCUCCCUCUCGGCCUUACUCUCUGAAGACCUGCGUGGUGGAGUACUCUCUAAACCUGCAGGUUAUUUCGGUGACGUGUGCAGACCGUGACCUCUCCGCCGUCCCGGAUGACGUCCCUAAAAAUGCGACAUCUCUAGAUUUAAACUCCAACAACAUUUCCACGGUCAACAGGACCGGAUUCAGCCGGUUAUCUAAGCUCGGUUCUUUACAGCUGCAAUUCAACCGUCUCUCUCACUUAGAGGACCGGGUGUUUGAAGACUUGGUGUCGUUAAGAAGACUUGAUUUGGGCGCUAAUUCUCUUCAGAACCUGACGGAUGACGUGUUUCAAGGACUGAACCUGUUAGAGGAUCUGUCUGUGGAGAAAAACCGACUCACGUACAUCUCCCCUCUGGUCUUUCAGCCCCUCCCCCGGUUAAAGACCGUGAACCUGUGCUCCAACGGUCUUCAUCAGCUCAGUAUUAUAGCGUCUAUUCUACAGCUUCCACUCAUCACCGAACUCAAGGCGGGAUUCAACCGCUUCGCCUCGUUCCAGUUCGACAACCCGCCUCUGAACGCGUCCAACCUCAGAACUCUCUGGUUCAACGGGAAUCCGCUGAAAAGGUUCGGCGUCACGAGAGACAUCCUCCCUCGCCUGGAGUCUCUGGAUGUGUCCUACAGCACGGGCGGCCUGGAGUGGAAGGUAAGGGACCGGGUCUUCCUGAGGAGCUUGAGGAGUUUGUAUUUAUACGGCACCGUGGUCAGCUUUGAGACGUACAGAGUGAUUCUGCAGAGCGCCUUCGCCGUGCGGUACCUCAUGCUGGCCGGUAUGACCGAGUGGAUCUAUGGGGGUCUCCUCAAAGAGGCGUGCCGGAUGCCUGCUUUAGAAAACCUGGAUCUGACUUCCAACGACAUCCACGUCUUGAACGACACGCUGCUGCAGCCCUGCUCUGAAAUCACUGAGCUAACGUUAUCCGGGAACGUCAUGGUCGACCUUUCGGAGGAUUCGCUCAGGCCGCUGAAGCGACUCAGGUCAAUAAGUCUGGACUACAACUUCCUACCCAAAGUGCCGCUCGCCGUCAGAGGCCUCUCCACUCUUAAAGUCCUCGGUCUAAGCUCCAAUGACAUCAGAGAGCUACACUGCUCGGACUUCCAGAACCUGACGGCGCUGCGGCACCUGUACCUUCAGAAGAACCGGAUCUCGAUCCUCAGAGGUUGUGCUUUUGAAGACUUGAAGGAGCUGCUGCAUCUGAAUCUUCGGUCCAACCCGGUGUACGCUCUGCAGGACACCUUCAAAGUCAGUCUGGGUAACCUCCGGAUCCUCUACAUGGGCAUGAAUUCAUUACGGUCCGUGGAGAAACACAGCUUCAGAGGACUCCCGUACCUCUUCUCUUUGGACUUAGAAUCCACCGAGAUCUGUGGAGUGGAGAACGAGACCUUCUAUGGACUGCAUGAUCUGAAGACUCUGGUUCUGACCCCUUACACUCUGAAAAGAGACAUGUUCAGAGGAAUGCCAAACCUAACACGCCUCACGCUCUUCCUCCCCGUUUUCAACAGCCUGGAGCAACAGAUAGACCCUGACCCCCCUUUCUCCGACCUGCCCUUUCUGGAGAACCUCAAGAUCUACAACAGCAACAAGUUCACCAUCACCAUCCUACCAAACCUCCUCAGCGGUCUACGUCACUUACAGAACUUCGCAGCUCUGAGGUUUUUCCCUGGGACGCCACACCCCGACACAUUUUCCUACACCCCUCACCUGACGAGUCUUCAGAUCACUAGCAGCAACGUCUCAGAUCCAAAACCUGAGCUGCUGCAGCCACUACCAAACCUGCAGACUCUGGAUCUGUCCCAGAAUAUGCUCAGGUCUUUGGAUUUCCUAACACGGGCCAUCCUGUCCGCGCUCCGCUGGUUGAGCCUGAGAGACAACCAGCUGACGGUGAUCAACAAGACGCUGCUCCGGUCUCUCCCUGCGCUGACAUACCUGGACCUUUCAGGGAACCCUUUCACCUGUGACUGCCUCAACAUCGGCUUCAUCAAGUGGGUGAAGACCAGCAACCAGACUCAGGUGGUUCACGGUCACCAGUACACCUGUUACUUUCCUCUGGGUACACAGGGAACCAAGCUGCUGGACUUUGAUGUCCGGUCCUGUAAGAUGGACGUGGACUUCCUCUGCUUUGUCUCCAGCUCUUGUCUGGUCGUGCUGACUCUCCUCACGUCUUUUAUCUUCCACUUCCUGAGGUGGCAGAUCCUCUACGCCUUCUACCUCCUCAUGGCUUUCCUUUACGACAGCAGGAAGAGGAGGCAGGGAGCUCCUCACCUCGCCUACGACGCCUUCGUCUCCUUCAACGUCCACGACGAGGCCUGGGUCUACGGAGAGAUGCUGCCUGUGCUGGAGGGAGAGCAGGGCUGGAGACUCUGUCUGCAUCACAGAGACUUCCAACCAGGUAAACCCAUCAUAGAGAACAUCAUGGACGCCAUCUACAGCAGCAGGAAGACCAUCUGUGUGAUCAGUCGGAGCUACCUGCAGAGCGAGUGGUGCUCCAGAGAGUUCCAGAUGGCCAGCUUCCGUCUCUUUGACGAGCAGAAGGACGUCUUGAUCCUGCUGUUCCUGGAGGAGAUCCCGGACCAGCAUCUGUCUCCGUACUACCGCAUGAGGAAGCUGGUGAAGAAGCGCACCUACCUGAGCUGGCCGAAAGCCGGCAAACACACGGGAGUCUUCUGGCAGAACGUACGGAGAGCUCUGGAGACCGGGGACGGUCCUACUGAGGACUCAAACCUGCUCACAGCCAGCGUGGCUCUGGAGGACUGAACCUGGUUCAUCACAUGGUGGAUGAAUUAAUUCUGUUCUCUCAAAUAAAAAAUAUCAAAGCU